GUUUAUGUUGUCUUUUUUAAAAACGCGACAGUUUGCAAAUAAUUGCGUUUAUAGUUUUCUAGCAGAAUGCUGCUGGCGAACAUUAGUCCAUUCGUUUCAAUAGACAAAAUUAUAGUCAAGGACAGUUGCAUUUUCAGUGUAAUCCUGUUCGGAUAACAAGCGGAGUUGAAGUCACUAAAAUAGAUGCAGCGUCAACCAACGAAACCAGCGUAUGACCAAUGGUUUGGCCAUAACUUUUUGAAUUGCCCCAGAGCAGUUUGUGCAUUCGUACACACUAAAGAUUAUGCUGAUCGUACGAGAUUUUCUCCUUUCAAAAUCUAUUGAGAGAGGAAUUUCUCCGAAAAAAAUCGUAGAUGUCGUCCAGAUUACCUUCAGCUCAAAAAACCACAUGAAGCACUGAAAAUUUAACUGAAAAGCCGCAUAAUAGUACUUCCUAUCAAUAUCCCGAGAUUUGGAUAUGGAACAAAUGAAAGAGGCUGGAUAAUAGAGAUUCAUGCCCUCCAUUAGAACAAUUAGUCAACUCAAUCAAACUAUUACAGAGUUAAUAGGGAAUCCGACCAAAAUAGAUACUUCACAUAAUGCUGUAAUUAACUGACAUCAAAUAUAGAUUUGACAAGUUAUUGUAAUUAAAGAUUUCCGUUAAGGUCGUGGUCCCACAAAUAUUAAAAUAAAUUCGGAUCCAUGAAUAUAAAAAAUAUGUUCAUUUCAUCACACACUUGGAUCAAUGCCUCACUGUUCCAAAUGAUUGGGAGUCAUUCAUAUACACUUCCCGCUACAUAGCACAACUUCUAUCACUUAAAAGGACGCCAAUACCUAUGAAAUUCUUUAGAACAUUGAAAGUCAAUGAACUUCAAGUCAUCACCCUGCCCGAUGGAACUGCAAUAAGAGUGAGAAUGUUUGCAAGUAAAGAACUUCGUGGAAAUGUCAUGUUCCACUUUGAAAGCAGUUCGCACUUCAAAGCAAUAUACAGUGGGCCCUUCAUUGAAUGUAGAUCUCUGUUCCUCGACCAAUACUUUCGCAAUUGUGUACUCUCCCAAAUAGAUGAGUUAUAUGUGGAUAAUACGCGAGCAUACUGCACUCAUAACGAGUCGUUUCGGGAUAUUGGAGAUAGUAUAACUAAGAUAUUUGAAAAACAUCCGGGUUGUGUUAUAAUGAUGAAUGUUGCGGCUUUCGGCUACGAGGAUCUAAUCUACCUACUAGCGAAAGAGUACGGGUUCAAAAUUUUCGUUGGCUCACUUAUUUUCGCUUUUAAAAAGCACAAAGUUGACAAAUUGUUCACGACUCGCAUCGAAGAUGCUAACAUCGUUAUAGGAGAACGUUCAGUAACACUGAAGAAUCUACAAAGUCGAUUCGCCCAAAAUCGAAUAACCGUACACUUCGUCGAGUCCAACUUUGAGCUUAAAAAUAACUUCACCAACCUCGGCUUGUACUUGUUGCACUGGACGCCACAUCCAUCCUUAUUCGAAAUGUAUACGCUGAUAAGUUUUGUAAAGCCGUACAAUGUCUAUGGAAUAUAUCCAGACAUGCCGCAACUUCCAAAAUCCCUAAUCUGCCUUUGCAGAAGGAAGGCUUCCAUGGGAAGCAACGAGAAUAAUAAUCAAACAACAGCAACUGAGAAAAGUAAUUGUUCAAUGCUUCCAGUUAAUGAUCUAAACGCAAAGGGUGGGACUGAAAUUAUUCGAGGUGCCACUAAUACACAAGAAGAAAAAACAGAUAGCAUGACACCGCCUGUUGCGGUCAUCAAGCCUAUUGGUAUGGGAAGUCUACCCACCAAUGAAAGAAGAGAAGAGAACAAUGAACUUGAUGUUCAAACUGAUAUCUUCGACAAAGAAUUAUCUAGCCUUUCAUUGUCGCUUACUAGUUCGGAUGAAAAUUCAUCAAGUACUGAGAUAUCGGAAAGCGAAACACAUGAUGAAUCAAGGAGGAAGAAUAAUGAGGAUGGAAAACAAGUGAAGCCAGUACAUUAUAGUCAGAAAGACCACCCGAUCCCGUCGCUCGAGAGGAAACAACCUGCAACAAAAAGCAAUCCAAAAGUGGAUAAGACUGUAGAUAUAAUCAGUGAUGAAAGUGAAGAAAAUGUUGCCAUGUUAUUGCCUCUCUCCGGUGCAAGUAGCAGAAGAGCAAUUGAACUUCCGCGAAAUGUAGUUAGCAUGAGAGCAAGAAAAAUGAAUGAUGAUCUAACUCCACGGAUAGCCAUCAUUAAACCAUUCAUCCUGAAAGAGGAAAUGAUCGUUGAAAACGAACAAAGGGAGAGUACAGAUAAUGUUGGAACUGAUAUUUUCGAUAAAGAAUUGUCUAGUCUUUCGAUCUCAGAUGAUGCUGAAGAUAUUUUUUCAAGCGGAUCAGAUGAAACAGAUAUUUUCAAGAUAAACGUGUCUGCACAAGGCAAUUGCGCAGCAGAUGAGGUAGUCAAUAUAAAUGCAUAUAAUCCCACGCAAGCGGUAUCUCCGAAGCCAGUGCAGAGGGGAAAAAGAAAAUACCCAGACAGUGCAAUGAAAAGCGUGCCUUUGAAUUCAGGAAAAUUUAUUGAAUCCAAGUAUAAAACGAAAUCAUUUUCCAAAAAGAAGCCACUUAUAAGGUAUUCCGACGAUUCUUCAGAUUAAGUUUUUACACAAUUUGCAGUUUUAGAGGUUACCAUUGUAAAUUUUAAUAGAUAAAUUAUUUUUUACCAUUAAUUUUUAUAAAAGAUUUUGAAUGAAAUCAAUUUAGUUCUAGAUAUUACCUAAAAGACUACAUUUUUUUAAUAUCAUGAAUGAAUCUACAAAAGUUUUAUAUCAGCUUAUAGAAAGAAUCGUGCGUUUAUAAAAUUUACGUAUUAAAAACCCAAAGUAUGAUUAUGAAAUAAAAUAAUGCA